UCUCUCUUUUUCCCCGGAUCUCCGGGUCCGACAAAAAAAAGAAACGGUGGUCCACGACGAAGGUCAGUAUUCGCAGCCGGGUGCGCACGCGCACCGAUCGGAGAAGAGCCGUCAUCGGGGCACCGAUAAUACGCGGGACACGUGACCGGGAGGCCGGCGUCGUCAUCAUAGCGUCGAGAAGGAGCGAGCAGCCAGCAGCAACCAGCAGCACCACCAUGUCGAAGCUCUACGUCGGCAAUCUGCCAUCGGAUUGCAACGAGAGCGCUCUCAGACAGCUCUUCCAGGAGCACAACCUCGCCUGCACCACGAUCCUGGUUAAGCGAGGCGGCUACGCCUUCGUCGACUGCGCCGAUCAAUCGACGGCGGAUCGGGCGAUCGACAAGCUGAACGGAUAUACCUAUCUCGGAUCCUCCCUCGUCGUAGAACCGUCCGUGGCCAGCUCAGCGAAGAAACGGUAA